UUUUACUUAAACAGACGCCGACCGCUGAGUGGCCGAGCUGACACUACUGUCGGCGAAUGAUACUUAAUACUUGUGUUUAUCAUCCAAGUUAUUAAAUAAUAUAUUUUAAUUAUUAUUAUGCUGUUUAUUAUAGAGAGUUGAUCGUGUAAAAGUGUAGUUCCAUUAUUCCUCAGUCCUCACUCAUCUGCUGAGCGUGAGCAUAAUAUAACUUAUUUUAGUUUAUGUUAAUCUGUUUCAUUACUAACGUUACUAUUAUUUUUCAUAAAUCGUAAUAUUAAAGUAUACCGCCGCCAGCCCCAUUAUGAGUAUUUUCAGCGACGUCGAGGAAGCACAGCCCAUCGAAGUUUUCCAUCUAGUGAAAGUCUUUAAUGAAGACGACGAUCCAUCGAAAGUAAAUUUGACCAUUGGGGCGUAUAGGACAGAUGAAGGCAAACCAUAUUAUAUUCCUGUUGUGAAAAAAGCUGAGAGUGUGGUACUUGAUGGUACAUUGAAUCAUGAGUAUUUACCCAUAUUGGGCUUGGAAUCUUUUACUAAAGCUGCAUCGCAACUACUAUUGGGCGAUAUCACUCAACGACAAGAAGAAGGAACCAUAUUUGGUGUUCAAUCAAUCAGUGGUUCUGGAGCUCUUAGAGUGGGAGCAGAAUUUUUAGUCAAACAUUUGAAAUGUACCACAUUCUAUUAUUCAAUACCAACUUGGGAAAAUCAUCAUUUGAUUUUCAUGACUAGUGGAUUUCAAAAUGCCAAAACAUAUCGCUAUUGGAAUGAAGAAACAAGAUCUCUCGAUUUUGAUGGAUUUUGUGAAGAUUUAUCAAAUGCACCGGAAAAUGCGGUUAUUAUAUUACAUGGAUGUGCUCAUAAUCCAACUGGCUUAGAUCCAACUGAAGAUCAAUGGAAAAAAAUUGCAGAAAUUAUAAAAGAACAUAAAUUAAUACCGUUCUUUGAUAAUGCCUACCAAGGAUUUGCAUCUGGAGAUUUAGAGAAAGAUGCGUGGUCUGUGCGGUACUUCCUUAGUCAAGGGUUUGAGUUCUUAUGUUCACAAUCAUUUGCUAAAAACUAUGGACUUUAUAAUGAACGAGCAGGAAACCUAACUUUUGUACUGAAUUCUGUGGAAAAUGUCAAGGCUGUAAAAUCUCAGGUGACAAUGAUUGUUAGAGGGAUGUAUUCAAAUCCACCAAACCAUGGUGCACGUACUGUCAGUACAAUAUUAAAUAAUGAUGUAUUAAAAAAUGAAUGGAUGAAUACCUUGAAGCUAAUGACAGAUAGGAUUAAAGCUAUGAGAAAAUCUUUACGAGAAAAUUUGGAAAACCUUGGUACAAUUGGAACAUGGAAUCAUAUAACUGAUCAAACUGGGAUGUUUUCCUAUACAGGAUUAUCAGCAAGUCAUGUAGAAUAUUUACGAAGCAAAUAUCAUAUUUACAUGUUGCGGUCGGGGCGUAUUAACAUUUGUGGACUGAAUACCAAUAAUAUAAAUUAUGUAGCUGAAGCAAUUACUGAUACUUUAUUGAACGUUGCCAAGUAAAAUUAUAAUAUUAUAUUGAGAACCAUAACAAACAAAUUGUUUUUAUUGUUUAUUUCUAUAAGUUAGAAAUAUUUUUAAUUUAAUUUAUAAAUAGAUAUUUACAUAAUUAUACUAAUAAUUGUAUAUUGUUUUAUUAAUAAUAAUAAUUAUCAUUAUUAUUGUAGCUAUCGAUUUUGUUAAACCGUUAUUAAUAAUACUCUACCAUUAAAUAAUUUACUUAUUUGAUUUAUUAUAAAUUGUUAUUUAAUAAGUAAAUUAUUUAGGGGUAUAAAUUGUACAAUAUAUUUUCUAGUGUAAAACAUGGUUCACAAAAAUAAGAAUUUUUAAACUUGAAGGACUAAAUAAAAAAUACUAGAAAAAUUCACUUUAUAGCACUAUACCUAAUUGGCAUCUCUAAUGUAACCUUGUGAUAAAUAACAAUUUGAACAAUGUAGAGUAUUCACCAUUUAAUACCUGAUAUUUAUAACAAGACUUUUCAGUUAAAUAACUAUGUAUGUUUUGACGUUAAUGACAAUAAAAUAUAAAUAGGUUACUUUUUUUAUAUAAACUUUAAGUGUUAAAUAUUAGAAUUUAGAAAAAUGUAUAGAUUUUUGGCUUAGUUUAAAAUUAAAAUAGAUAGUUCAAUAUUAUAUUAAGAAUUUUCUGGUCUUAGUCUAACAUUUAAUUUAGUGCCCAAUGCAUUUGUAUCAAUAAUGUUGACAAAUAUGUACCAAAAAAUAUUAUGUAUAGAUGUUUUUGAGCUAAAUAUACAUAAGAACUAAUUAAAUGGUAA